CCCACAGCAGAGAGCGCUUUGCCCUGCAGUAACCUCCUCCAUCUCUGCGCAUCAGGUUUGCAGCAUCCAGCUUUAGCAUGUGUCAUUUCUGCUCUGCACACCGAGCUCACUUUCCGCACGCAUGGCAUUAAGACGCGCGUACAGAUGAGCCGCUGCGCUGAAAUGAAAGGCCGGCUGUGUGUGGCGGUGUUGUGGAGGAGCGAUAGAGCUGCUGAGUGAGUGGACAGACUGGGUCAGCCCAUGAUGCGUUCAACCGCCGAGCCCAAGUAGCUGACAAUUACAGCAGCCACGGCACUGAGUGCAGCCGCUAAGCUGACAUGGUUGAUGUUUGACUGGAGGUGGCCAUGGACGCCUUCAGUCAGCUGAUCUUGUUCAUCGCUACACUCAGUUUUUGCACCUUCCAGUGGCUCUUCCACAGCUUGAGUCCCUGGUUGUCAUGCAGGAUCAGCCCAGGCUUCCUGAAACUCAGCCACAAGCAGCAAAUUGAGUGGAACUCAAGGACAGUGUCCACAUUCCAUGCCAUAUUGGUCGGGCUCUUUUGCCUCUACAUCCUUUUCUUCGAUGAAGCCAUCAAUCAGGACCCUGUGUGGGGAGACCCAACAUUGGUGAAGAUAAACGUGGGAAUAACAACAGGCUACCUCAUAUCUGAUCUGCUGCUCAUAUUUUACUAUUGGAGGGCAAUAGGGGACAAGUAUUUUGUAGUUCACCACCUGGCCGCUUUGUAUGCUUACUACUUUGUAUUGGGUCAAGGAAUGUUGCCUUAUUUUGCUAACUUCCGUCUGCUUGCAGAGUUUUCCACCCCAUGUGUGAACCAGCGCUGGUUCUUUGAAGUGUUAGGUUACCCUAAAUCCUCCAGACUCAACAUUGCCAACGGUGUGCUCAUGGCGGUUGUGUUUUUCAUGGUGCGCAUCGCAGUCAUGCCUGUUUACUACAGCCGUAUGUACUCUGUAUAUGGCACGGAGGCCUUCUAUCGGGUGUCGUUCGGUGGCCGUAGUGCCUGGAUCUUUUCCAGCAUCUGUUUGGACAUCAUGAACAUCAUGUGGAUGCAUAAGAUUGCGUGCGGCUGCUAUAAGGUUCUGCGCUCCAGCCACCAUGUAAAGUCCCAGACCCAAGAAAAUGGAAAAAUGAACUAAACAUGGAAGAAAGUUCUCACUCUGUCGUGGGGGAAUUUGAGGAAGACCCUUAGUGCACUCUGUGAGUCAGCCAGCAGCAGAUGCAUAGUUAGACUGAUAUACUUGCUUUUGAAGCUGGUCAUGGGAGAAACCACCCCAGAGCAAUACAGCACAUGAUCAACGUUUUCGGUGAUGCUCGUGCUGCAAGAAGACCACUCGUGUCAGAGUAAGAUGGCUGCUGGUGUCCCCUCAUUCCACCUACUUCAGUGGUUUAGGCCCAACAUAUGAAAAAUGGUCAGCUCAAAGCACACUGGAAUUUUUAUUUGAUUAUGUUUGAGCUGUUUAUAUUUUUAUUGCCUGAAAGUGAGGCUUUUAUUUUAAACUUUAAACUGAACAAAGUCUUACUAGGACAAAAUGUGCCACAUCCUUCUAAUUUAUUCAUCAAAGCCACUGCCAUCUAUAAACUCGAACGGCCACCACGUUUACUUUGAAGUUCCACUUCAUACACUAUCUGUGAAGGAUCUCACGCUCUCACCUUCACUACAUUACACCAGGACUCUCCCCAGAUCACAGACCACAUCUGAACAGGACGACAUCUUUACGCCAAGGAUGCUGGGAAGGUUUAACUGUGAAUGUGCAUGGACAUUUUAAAUUUACAUAAAGAUUUUAUACCGAUAUUGUUGCGAUCCGGAAAAGUAGUGUACUUUCUUUGUGUGAUGGGGACACACUUCUGUCUUUGCUUUUUUUGAACUUGAAAAUUAUCCCGGAAAGGACAUCUUCACCUAGAUAUGGUUUGGAGAUGACGAACAUAAUUGGAGAGUUUUGCACCUUGCUCUGCCAUUACUGCAAGAUAGUUUUGAUUUUUAAACUGGGAUUUGGGAAUGGUUUACACGCACACGCACCCGAAGUUCUCCACACACAGCUUCGUUUGUACAGGGGAUAAGUGCAUGCUGCAGUGUGGUUCUCUGAAUGUUUUGCAUUGUUGAUAGGAAUAUUAAUGGACAUGCACAAUUACACAUUUUAGUUUUAUGUACAGUGACAAUAGAAUAUAAACAGUCUAAUAUUUUGUAAAAGGCUUCAGUCAUGGACAUUACCCUACAGCUGAUGUUGCUUAUGUGCUCUCACUAAAGCAAAGGAUGUUCAACAACCUUUUUUCUGCAUCAUGCCUUAUUUAUUUGAACCAGAACUGAAUCAGCACGUACAUGUAUAUUUAUUCUUUUAAAUGAAUUGUAUUAUGUAUGGAGAAAAGGUGUUUGUGAUGUAUCUUAAUAGAGAUAUACAGAAUAAAACACAAAAUCAGCUUGAGAGGCAUCAUGUCACUUUGCAGGAAAUUGUAGUGUAGGAUAUUCAUGCGCAGUCUUGAAUCUGAUUGAAAAAUUACCUACAAUGAUACUAUUACUGGAUGCCACAUGUUAUUUUAUAUUAUAAAAUUUAAAAGUAUUUAUGUAAAUGUGUGUGUAAGAUGACAUGAGAUGUAGAGGAAUUAUUUGCUCUUUAAAAUUGACAGAAGUUCUAUUUUUUAUCGAAUAAAUUACUUGAAUCCUUGCUCUACCUUAUGGAGAAUAGUAGUUAGUGCAGAUUCUUUUAAUUUCUGUACUUACAAGAGGAGGCCAGUCAUAAUCUUCUGCAUUUGCUUAUUUUGCAGACAUUUGUUCUAGAUGCCUUUUUAUUUUUAAGAAAUGUUUCUUGGCCAUUUUCAAACCUUCUGAUGCCGUUAUGUGUUUUAAAGUGGAUUGAGCUUGCAUGUCUUUCCUUCUCUUUUUGUUAUAUUCUUGCCUUAGGUCUAAUGUAUGAAAGAUGAAAUGAAUGUUUGUUACUUUAUUUUAUUUGUACUGUUUAGUGUGGAUUCAGGUACACCAGCAUAAGAUAUGUCUUAAUAUGGUUUUAAAACUUUGCCCAAUUACCAUGUUUCAGAUUCCUUCUAACCUUUUCCUUGUAUCGAAAAAAAAAUAAUGCAAAAUGUUUUCAUACUAGAUGUAAAUACAUUCCAUUUAUGUAAUACAUUAAUGUAAUGCAUAAAUACAUUUCUGUAAACGUUCAGUGUGAGAACUAAACGUCACAGGGAUGGCUGUAAUCUCAGUGAAUGGCUAGUGUAAUUUGCGUUUUCCCAUGCUGGGAAUGUUGAUUUCAUAUUAAUGUUAAGUUCUUAUUAGUAAGAAUAUACCGUAGUGUAAACUCAUUUGGCUUUUAAGUUUAAUGUAUGUAACUUGAUUGGGGAAAAAAAAAACCACCUUAUGUUUGUCUACACUGCUUUUGCUUUUGCAUUAAGCUACACAGAGCAAACAGCCUCACUGUGUCUGGAUGAUUCUGUGUGAUUUUGGAGUUGUAUGAAGCAGGACCAAGAAUGUUGCUUACAUCUCAUUGAUUUUUUUAAAAUCUUGUCAUCAAUCUUCUUUUUUCUCUGACCCAAUACCCCCAUUUGCUCAAUAAAGCAAUAUGUUCAUUUGGA